AUGGCGUCCGAGCAUAGCACGAUUCAGCUUAUUCAGAAAGAAAGCAAAAUUCGCACACCCAGAGUUCACAUGCUGGAACUUGACGCAAAUUGUCCAGUCAAGGCGCCUUUCAUGCUUAUGGACUGUCUUCCAGGCAAUGUGGGAAUGGAUUUGGACAUGAAGAUCCCCCCGGAACGCAAAUCGGCUGUGUUUGAGCAAAUGGCAGAGAUCCAUAUAGAAAUGUUCCACUUACGGCUCCCAAAGAUCGGCAUUGUCGUCGGAGUCAACAAGGAUGGGUCAUAUCGACAAGGGCCCAUACCAGGCCUAGGCGGCCCCUUCGAUACAGCUGCCGACUAUUUCAGGGCAUGGGCAAAGAAAACUAAAUUCGGGCUGUCAAAGAAUCAACUCCAGGAGGCCGCCGGCUCACACGCUGAUGAGAUCUUGGAAUCCACAUCCUCUUUCUUAACGUUGAUUCACAAGGCAGCUGACAGGCUUUCGCUGAACAAUAAUGGCCCAUUUCCGCUUUGCCACGGGGACUUUGGUCAUAAUAACAUGGUCUUUGAUGACAGCUACCGCUCCCUUGGUGUGAUUGACUGGGAAGCCGCUUUUGCAGCACCGUAUGAGAUAUCCGGAGAGUUUCCGUUAAGUCUUUCGGUAGUUCCUCCUGCUAUCGAUGUACCGUGGGACUACGAUGAAGGAGGCCGACCAAAACGCCCCGAAGACAUUGAGAGAUUUGCGGACAGAGAUACCUACAUUGCUAUUGUGAAGCAAAAGGAAGAAGAGCUUGGACUGUCUGGGGAGUGUUUGCUGUCAAAGAUUUUGGAGGACUCUGACAGGCAGUAUCUGGCCUCGGCGUUGAGAUUGUACAAGAGGGGAAAGCCCGCGUGGUACUCAAGGUUGAUGGAGGGCUUUCUCAAGCACGAAUAUGCUUAG